AUGUCGUGGUACCAGAAAACCUUCACCCUCCCAGCCCGCUCACGCGGUAGCUACCUCAUCACGGACGAGGUGCUCGAGCAACUGCCCGAGAUCAAGAACUACAAGGUCGGCAUGCUGAACCUGUUCGUGCAGCACACGAGCUGCGCGCUGUCACUGAACGAGAACUGGGAUGAUGAUGUGCGCGCGGAUAUGAGCGAUGCGCUGGAUCGCAUCGCUCCGUAUGAUAAGAAGGGAAAUCUUUAUAGACAUUCGGCUGAGGGGGAGGAUGAUAUGCCGGCUCAUAUCAAGUCCGCAUUGAUUGGCGCUUCGGUUACGAUUCCCAUCUCUAAUGGUCGCUUGGCUACGGGUACGUGGCAGGGUAUUUGGUACUUGGAGUUUAGGGCCAUGAGACACUCCCGGAAGGUGGUUGCUACGAUUCAGGGUGAGAAGGCUUGA